AUGUUAGUAAAGGAAUCUACCCACGAUGUGAAGACAACCGUCGCAGGGGAGGGGCAGAUGAGAAUAUACGUCUUCCAUCCCACUAUCCCAGGCUACCCCAAUGCAAAGUUCCCUGGGGUAGUGGUAUUCAGUGAGAUCUAUCAAGUCACUGGCCCUGUUGCACGGUUUGCACGCAUGAUUGCUGGCCAGGGAUACAUCUGUGCUGCACCAUCUAGCUACCAUGAAUUCACCGGUCCAGAGCCGUUGCAGUACAAUGCCGAGGACACGGAUAACGGCAACAAGUGGAAGAUCACUAAGAAAGUAGCUGCAUAUGAUGAAGAUGCCCGUCUCUGUGUGGACUACCUGCUUUCCCUGCCUACUGCAACGGCCGCGUGGCGCAACUGGGAUGUGUCUGGGAAGCCCAUCUGGCGUAUAGAUGUGCACUCGACUCCCGCAUCCGGGCUGCUCCAGUCACUCGGAGAAGGAAAGAAUGACGACAGUCUCCAGCGAGCAGGUGAUAUCAAAGGAGAACUGGUAAUGAUUUUCGGCAAAAACGACAAUCACGUCCCAGCACCGGGUCGAGAUUUGAUUCGUAGCACUCUGCAUGAGAAGGGGUAUGCAUUUAUCAGGGACGAACUGAGCAAAGGCCGAUAUGACCCAGCACUGACCAAGGUGUGCGCCGAGAUGAUGUUUGAAGUCUUUGGACGCACCUUGAAAGUCGAGCUAGGCGAAGGAGAUGGCAAGGAGCUCGUUGUUGAAAACGUGUGUUAG